AGCUGACAGAGAGCAGACCAGCGCCUGCUACCUUGGAGAAUUCCACCCGAACCCUGCGGGAACUCUCAAAACCAUCAUAUUGGACGAUAUUGCAGGAUGAAUUUUGACAAAACAGGCCUCUCCUGAAUGAUGCUUCACAUCGACAUCAUCGCAAAUGCAUCAACCUCCAACACCACCAACAACACCUGUGCCGAUGAGUCGAGAUCCAUUCACAUCCCGCUUAUCUUCAUGACUAUUGGCGUCCUCUCCAAUGGUGUUGCUCUGGCUAUUCUGGUGAAGGCCUACAAAAGGUUCAGACAGAAAUGGAGAGCAUCCUUCCUGCUGUUUGCCAGCGGACUGGUCUGCACAGACUGCUUGGGCCAUAUCAUCACUGGCUCCAUAACCAUCAGGGUGUACGCCAUGAACAAAAACUGGGCAAGGAUUGACUCCUCGGGACAUCUCUGCCCAUUUUUAGGAACCAGCAUGGUUUUCUUUGGCCUCUCAGCCUUGUUCCUUGGCAGCGUCAUGGCAAUUGAACGGUGCCUGGGCAUCACUCAGCCCCUUUUUCAUUCUGCCAAGGUGACUUCACGCCGUGUCAUGCUUAUCCUGGGUGGCACUUGGCUGUUUGCCCUGGUAAUCGCUUUGCUUCCUGUUCUCCACUUUGGAAAAUAUACAGUUCAAUGCACUCAGACCUGGUGCUUCCUAAACACAAAGGACAUCAAGUUUGGGGUGGACAGUGGAAUUCUGCUCCUGUUCUCGUCUUUGGGAUUGACUGCUCUCAGCAUUUCCUUCUUAUGCAACACCAUUAGUGGCAUGGCUCUGGUGAGAUCUCACAUCAAGAACAAGCUCAACAGACAAGGGAAAUCACACCACGUAGAAAUGUUGGUCCAAUUAAUGACCAUAAUGCUUGUCUCCUGUGUUUGUUGGGGUCCAUUCCUGGUAUCCGUGGCAACUAUAGGCAGCUUAAAUGCAAGCCCAGAAGCAAUAACUUCACUUCUCUUCAGUGUUCGAAUGGCUGCCUGGAACCAGAUCUUGGAUCCCUGGGUUUAUAUCUUGCUUCGGAAAUCAGUUCUAAAGAAAAUUUGGAAAAUUACGAACAUGUGCAUGGGGAGGCAAAACAUUAGACUUCACAACUGGAACUGCAGCUCACUCCAAAGCACCAUUAAGUCAGCUGCUAUGGAAAGCUCACUAACUGCAGUUAAACGACAGCCAGAGAUAUCGAGAAUAAAUUAAACCAAGUGAUAGUUGUCUUUAACCAUGUGUUAUAUCAGGGCUGUCAGAGCCAUAACUGGACUGUGGAGGUCUCCAAUUGUGCUUAAAUUUCUCAAUGGCUUACCUGUGCCCUCCUCAAGCAUUGUGGGUCUGGAAGGUUUGAAAAAUAAAUCGCAAAUCACAAAACCCAAGAUCUGUUAGUAAAGAUCUCCUGCAGAAUACAUGCAAAUGAGCUGAAACAUUAAUUCACAUUUUACUCAUGGCUCAUAAAGUUGUGCAAUAUUCACAUUUGGGUACAUGAAGCUAUCAAG